CCGUCACCUAAAAAAUACUUUACGUUUCUCUCUUUUUCUCCCACGCGCGAGCACAUUUAUUCUUCCACCGCCGCCGAUGACCGCCAUAUGCCCGUAAAAAUCCUUUCUACCAUAUAUUCCAGACGAAACUUAAUUUUCCAGACAAACAACAUUCCCUUUCAAUUUCUACCAUCAAAAUCACGCACAGUUUGACUCUAAAUCACAAAUCGACUCGAAAAUAUGUCGGAAAAAUUCUCGGCAACACUAAGGAUCGGCGACCUUAAUGAUUUCAUCGCACCAUCACAGGGCUGUGUUGUUUCUAUGAAGUCCGGUUCCGCUAGGCUCGUUGAUAAGCCAAAGAAGCUGGUAAAAACAACACCUGUUAAAGAGACUCUUGAAACAGAUCCAGUAAAAAUAUCACUCAAGGAUUGCUUAGCAUGCAGUGGGUGUAUUACUUCUGCAGAGACUGUUAUGUUAGAGAAGCAAAGCUUGGAUGAGUUUCUAUCCAAUAUAAACAAUGGCAAAACUGUUAUUGUCUCUCUUUCACCUCAGUCAAGAGCUUCCAUUGCUGUGCAUUAUGGUCUUUCUCCACUUCAGGUUUUCAAGAAACUGACCACACUUUUCAAAUCUUUGGGGGUUAAAGCUGUAUUUGAUACAAGUUGUAGUAGAGAUUUGUCUCUUAUUGAAUCUUGUAACGAAUUCAUAUCACGUUAUAAACAAAGCAAUUCAGAUGACAAGGAAUCUUCUAGAUCGUUUCUACCCAUGAUAUCCUCUGCAUGUCCAGGGUGGAAAUGCUAUGCUGAAAAAACACUUGGUUCGUAUGUUUUGCCAUAUAUUUCUUCAGUGAAGAGUCCUCAACAAUCCAUUGGAGCUAUCAUUAAGCACCAUCUAUGCCACAAGCUAGGCGUUAGGGCAACUGAGAUUUAUCAUGUGACUGUGAUGCCUUGUUAUGACAAAAAGCUGGAGGCUUCAAGAGAUGAUUUUGUUUUUCAUGAUGAAUCUGGUGAAAUGACUACAGAGGUAGAUUCUGUUUUGACAACUGGAGAGGUCUUAGAUUUAAUACAGACAAAAGCAGUAGUAGAUUUCGUGAAUUUGGAUGAAUCUCCUGUUGAUAAAUUGUUAUCGAAUGUGAGUGAAGAAGAGAAUCUUUUUGGGGUUAGAGUAAGCUCAGGAGGAUAUGCAGAUACAAUCUUUCGUUAUGCUGCAAAGACACUUUUUGAUCAGGAUCUCAAAGGCCCUUUGGAUUUUAAAACCAUAAGAAAUUCCGACUUUCAGGAAGUCAGCUUACAAGUAGAAGGUAAAACAGUAUUGAAGUUUGCAUUGUGUUAUGGAUUCCGAAACUUGCAAAAUGUAGUCAGGAAACUUAAAAUGGGAAAAUGUGACUAUCACUAUUUGGAGAUCAUGGCAUGCCCUUCAGGAGGUGGGCAGCUGAAGCCAAAAUCAGGACAAUCUGGCAAAGACUUGAUUCAAGCAUUAGAGACCACAUACAUGCAAAAUGUUUUGGUUGCGGAUCUAUUUGAAAACAUGAUGGUGAAGAGGUUAUACGAGUCAUGGCUGGAACAUCCGGGUUCAGAAAAAGCCAAGAAACACAUACACACACACAAUAUCAUCCCAUUGUAAAAAGCAUUACUUCUCAGCUCAAUAACUGGUGAACAUUAACAACCACUUUCAACUUCUCAUGUCCUUCAACAUUGACUUUUUUUUUGCGUUGACCUUAUGCCAACUGGUGAAGAAGUUGCAAUUUUGAAUUUUGAUGGUGGCCAUAAAAAGAUUUAUUCUACAUUCAUACACACAAGAGAAAAAGGGGUUGGUGUAGGUGUAUUUUUAUUUCUUAUGUAUUUUGUAGAUAUAUAUUUUGUAAUUUUUAUGGAGAACGUGUAUAAUUUUAUCUUAGUUUUUUAAUUCCA